ACUCAUGCACGGUCCGCCAUGAACGGACUCUGUCCCCUCCUUGCGUCUUUUCUGCAUUUCUUUAUGCGAUGAUGGGCUAUCCAGAGAAGACCUGAGCUAGAAGCGCCGUUCUGUCGCCGUAAUGGAGCGCGUGGAGCGAAAAUCAUCUGGCCCAUUUGGAGAAGAGAAUACUAGCAACCAUUCAUAUAGCCGGCGGUGGCUCCGCAUUCUGCCAGAUCCCACCGCCCGGUCAUGGAGACACGCAAGCAUCAACGCAUUGAGCACAUUCCUGCUUCAUGUCGCGUAUCAUACAGCUUGACUGUUGUCCCACUCUCCUUGACCCGCCAUUUGAAACCGCCUGAAGAGCUGCUUGACUCUGGAGUCUGCACUCAGUCAUCAUGGAACAACAACCCCUCCAACCGCAACAGGGAGACUUGAACUGGCGCCUCAGCGCCCACCCGAUCACCCUCUUGUUCUUCCUUGGCUUCCGCAUCAGUGCUUUGUUGAUGUACCUCUUCGGGGUCCUCUUCAUCAAGAAUUUUGUCCUGGUUUUUAUCCUCACGCUCCUGCUCCUCUCCGCGGACUUCUACUACCUCAAAAACAUUGCUGGGCGCCGACUAGUCGGACUGCGUUGGUGGAACGAAGUCAACACUUCGAGCGGCGAUUCGCACUGGGUCUUUGAGUCCUCGGAUCCUACCACCCGUACGAUCGCCGCUACGGACAAGCGCUUCUUCUGGCUCAGUCUGUAUGUGACUCCCGCGCUGUGGGUUGGCUUGGCUAUCCUGGCUAUUGUUCGUUUGAGCAGCCCGAUCUGGCUGAGUCUGGUUGCUAUUGCUCUGGUCUUGACUAUCACGAACACGCUGGCUUUCUCCCGGUGCGAUAAGUUCAGUCAGGCAUCUACCUUUGCCAACAGUGCGCUCUCCGGGGGCAUUGUGAGCAACCUUGCGGGAGGACUGCUGGGCAGACUCUUCAAGUAAAAUCGGCGCGUUUCGUACUGUGUAUGAUCUCCGUCUGUCUAUUAGCAUCUUUAUAUUCCUGGCCUCUAUGUGUGCGCAAUUAAAACGCGCGGAUCAGGGUGUAAGCAAUCUUGAUGGUCAGUUG